UGAUGACAGCGCAGAGCGCGCUGCUGGAGACGGAGGCGCAGGAGUCCAGCACCACCGACGAGGAGCUCGCAGGCCGGAGAGCGGCCAACGGGAGCAGUGAGAGGGGCGGCGCCGUCAGCACCCCCGACUACGGGGAGAAGAAGCUGCCCCAGGCGCUUAUCAUCGGGGUCAAGAAGGGAGGGACCCGCGCGCUGCUGGAGGCGAUCCGAGUGCACCCGGACGUGCGGGCGGUGGGCGUAGAGCCGCACUUCUUCGACAGGAACUACGAAAAGGGACUGGAGUGGUACAGAAAUGUGAUGCCCAAGACUCUGGAUGGGCAGAUAACCAUGGAGAAGACUCCAAGUUACUUUGUGACAAAUGAUGCUCCCAAGCGCAUUCACUCCAUGGCCAAGGACAUCAAAUUGAUUGUGGUAGUGAGAAACCCUGUGACCAGGGCCAUCUCUGACUACACGCAGACACUGUCAAAGAAACCUGAGAUCCCCACCUUCGAGGUGCUGGCCUUCAAAAACCGGACCCUAGGGCUGAUUGAUGCCUCUUGGAGUGCCAUUCGAAUAGGGAUCUAUGCUCUGCACCUGGAAAACUGGCUCCAGUAUUUCCCCCUCUCUCAGAUUCUCUUUGUCAGUGGUGAACGACUCAUAGUGGACCCU